AUGGAACAACAAAUUCAAGUAUUAACUGCUGUCUGUAAAAAAUUAAACAACGACAUUGAAACGCUCGGUGCACAAACAGCACAACGUGGAUCAACUUUUGCUCAAUUAGAUGCCAAUCAACAAACUCAUAAUGAACAGUUACGGGUAUUAAAUACUGAUCUUCAAUUUAAACUAGCAAAAGUUGGUGGUAUUAUUCAAAAACUGUUAGCAGAUGUUGAAAAUAUUACACACGGAUUACGCGACACACAGCAUACGCAGCAAGAGUUCAAUCGUGCAAAUGUACAACGAUAUCAAGAACUGAAAAAUGAGCUUACAGCGCUUAGUCAACGUUUAGAUCGUAUGUUCAAUGAACAACAGGUUCUUUUACAUUCAUUUGAAACGGAUACUGCACAAGCUCUAUCAACAGCUGAUUCACGCUCAAGAACAUUUGUGGAUGAGUUAAGAAGUCAGUUUUAUCAAACAAAAAGUCAAAAUGAUAGUGAACGAGAACGAAAUGAACAACGAGUACAUCAACGACUCGAUGAAACCAAACGAACAGUUGAAAAAUAUGAUCGUCUUGAGAAACGUAUAGAUGAGGUUGCUCAUCAGUUCGAUAGAAAAACUGUCUCGCUAGAUGAUCAAUAUAAACGAACUGUAUCCGAUUUGAAUCGAAGCAAUGAGACUGUCGAACAAACGGUUUAUAAACGAUUCGAUGAGAAAUAUCAACGUGCAUCGACCACCUUAGAAAAAAUAAAAAAGGAAAUGCGUACAUGUUUUGAAUCAUUAGAAGGUUCGGUGAAAACAUUACAGCGUAUCACUGACGGACGAAUUAAAGUUGCUGAAGAAAACUUUGAUACAGAAAUUGAUAAACUGAUCAAAUUUCGACAACUGGCACCCAAUGCACAAGUCGAUUCAUGUGUAAUUCCAACAAGGAACAAAAUAUUUUAUCUGAGUGAUAUUGUAAUGAAUCUGUUUGAUAGUGCAUUUGCUUCAUCAACAUUGUCGAGUUAUUGGAUCGGUUAUGUACGUUUCCAACGACUUGCUGUACAAUUUGAUCCAACUUACACAUCUCGUAAUGGUAUUGUGACUGAACAUUUGCUGUUGUAUUUUAUAGCUUAUUGUUAA